AUUCAAUUUUUGGUAAAUAAUUUAACUGUUUCAAUUUUUCACUAGUCCUGGUAAAUUAUUAUAGUCAAAGUCUUAAAAAAUUCGCACUAUUGGAAGGUUAUGUGAUUUAUAAAUAUUCGUUUCUACACAUAUUUAAAUUUGAAAUUUCGAGAACUAAAUUAAUGCAAUUUUGCAUAUGAGUGCAGUUUAUAGUGCAUAGUAAAAAUUAUUUCCGUUAGCGAAUGUACCCAAAGCCUCGUUGGGAAUAAUGUUCACCGGUACUAUGGACUUAGACUCCAAUCGAAAGGGAAGGUUAAGUUUGUCAAAGGAUAAUUUUCAAAAUGAACACAUCACUUUUUCAAUAAAUAAGCAAUUUCCUAAUGAUUAUUCUAAUGUUUCGAGACAUAUGGAAUUUUCCCCCAGCGAUAAUCCAAUGGUCGCAGAGCAAACCAAUAGUCUAUAUCUUAAGUGUGCAGACUCAAAAAAUGGGGAAUAUUAUACCUGUGCAGCGGAUACUGAGCUUCGAUUAGCUAGUAUGCGCAUUUUUGCUACGAUUAUGCUGAAUGCCUGGCGUCGUCGUCGCGAGGAUGUGAAACGUUUAUUAUUGAAAGUAGAAGAUCUUAAAAAAGGAUCACAAAAGGCCAAAAAUCAGAUUCAUGUUUACAACACACUGUUUCGGGUGGAACAAAAGCGAAAUGAUGAGCUCGCUUGUCAACUCAAGUCUUCGUUGGAAAGCGUUAUGCAGGCAAAGUCUUCUUGUGAAAACCUUAACACCAAUGUGAUUAGUUUAAGAGCGGAACGUGUACUUCUUGAGCAAGAUCUGGCAAUUAAAAGCAAGGAACUUGAGGCACUUACUGAUAUACUAAGCCAAACCAAAGAACAGCUUUUUCAGUCGAUGAUAGAUCAACAUAAUUUACGCUUUGCUCUUAACAAGGAACAACGCUCGGUGAAGGUGCUUGAGAAUCAAAAAAAUAAUUUAAUAAAUGAGCUAUACCAGUUAACAAAUGAGAGCCGCGAAACCGAAGACAAAUAUCGCACAGAAUUGGUGCGAAAAGAAAUUGAUUGUGAGCGCGCCAAUGGCAAGGUCAAACUUCUAGAAGCAAAGUUGAAUGAUUUGAAAGAGAAGUCCCGUAAACUUGAUAAAUCUGCAGAUAAUGAAAAACGACUCCGGCGCGAAACGGAAAGUUUGCAAAAAACAGUGGUGACGCUUCAAAAAGCACUCGAAAAUACAUUUGUUAAACGCUUUUACAGGUGCUGGGAUAAGAUGCGCAUGUACCAACAUAAGGGGCUUCACGUUGCACAGAUGUGUUUGUAUUGCUUGUUGCCCGCCGUGCCUCUGCCAGCUACGUGUUCUAAACAAAUAAACAACAACAACUUAUUUAGUCAGGGAGAUUACUCCAAAGAAAUUAGGUUUUAAUUUCCAAUAUAGAAACCAACGAAAGCUCAAUUAAAGUCCCAUUAAAAUCCUCCAAUAGCAAUGAUAAAAACG